AUGUCUCUCCACAUCAGAAGCUUUUCCAUCUUUCUUAGGUUCACCAUGUCUACCGCUUCGAAAGUCACAUUUGCUGCCUCUUGCCUUUUUGCUGUAGGCUCUUUUAUCUACAUCAAUGUUGAACAGAAAAUCGAACGUGAUAACUUGAGACAAGGUCCCAUCAAGGACGCAGAGCGCAUGCGUCAGAAAUUAUCCAAGAAACAGCUUGCCAAUGAUUUGGAGCAUAAAGAACAGGCCCUUUUGCGAGAAAAGUAUGAGCUGGUGCAACCUCUCAGUGGGGAAAUUAUUCGGGGAGAGGACUAG